CCUGAACUCUAGUAUAUAUAUUAUCUAGGGCUCCUAGUAUAGACAAGAGUAUGCGAGGGGGUGAGCUCCUGAACUCCUCUAGCCCAGAGAAACUGUUUCCAUGGCCGGAGUCUGAGUGUGAGUUGAUUAAACCAACAUCAGAGAAACCACUCAAGACAUCAAGCACUAAUACAUGCCCCUGGUCACCUAUGAAGACUGGACGACAAAAUUCUCCAAUGCCUCAAAGUUUGGGAAACUUAAUUCCCUCAAAACCCCUAGCGAUUUAUACAGAAAGAAAGAAUAUAUUAUCUGAUGAAAGUGCUGACGAAGGGAACCUUAGUGCUUUGGAUACAGAUGCGCCCAAGUUCCGGGAAUUUACCUCGGAACCAGAAACUGACCAGGAAAGCUUACUCAGUGAAAGUGAACCUUUUCCAAUAAAACCCAGGUAAGGGUUGAAUUAAAUUAAGUUGAAUUAAAUUGAACUGUUCAAUG